CUUCUCAUUAAACGAAAGGCAAAGCGCUGUCAAACCUAAAAAACCCUAAACCAUUUUCUUUGAUCUCUAAGCCGCCGAUUUUGUUCAUUUCUCUGUUUUCGAAGUAAUUCGUAUCGAUGGCCGGAAAGGGAGAAGGACCAGCGAUCGGGAUCGAUCUAGGGACGACGUACUCCUGCGUCGGAGUAUGGCAACACGACAGAGUCGAAAUCAUCGCCAACGAUCAAGGAAACCGUACGACUCCGUCUUAUGUGGGCUUUACCGAUUCCGAGCGUUUAAUCGGUGACGCUGCUAAAAACCAAGUCGCCAUGAACCCCAUCAACACCGUCUUCGAUGCCAAACGAUUAAUCGGGAGAAGAUUUACGGACGCAUCGGUCCAAAGCGAUAUCAAACUUUGGCCCUUUAAGGUUAUUGCUGGGCCUGGUGAUAAGCCCAUGAUUGUAGUCAAUUACAAAGGCGAAGAGAAACAAUUUGCUGCUGAGGAAAUCUCUUCCAUGGUUUUAAUCAAGAUGCGUGAAAUUGCUGAGGCUUACCUUGGCUCCACCAUAAAAAACGCUGUCGUUACAGUGCCUGCUUAUUUCAAUGAUUCCCAAAGGCAAGCCACCAAGGAUGCCGGAGUCAUUGCUGGGCUUAAUGUUAUGAGAAUCAUUAACGAGCCAACUGCUGCUGCCAUUGCUUAUGGUCUUGAUAAGAAAGCUUCCAGUGUUGGUGAAAAGAACGUUUUGAUUUUUGAUUUGGGUGGUGGUACUUUUGAUGUUUCUUUGCUUACUAUUGAAGAAGGUAUUUUCGAAGUUAAGGCUACCGCUGGUGAUACUCACUUGGGUGGUGAAGAUUUUGAUAAUAGGAUGGUGAACCAUUUUGUUCAAGAGUUUAAGAGGAAAAAUAAGAAGGAUAUUAGUGGGAACCCCAGAGCUUUGAGGAGGUUGAGGACUGCUUGUGAGAGAGCUAAGAGGACUCUUUCAUCCACUGCUCAAACCACAAUUGAGAUUGAUUCUUUGUAUGAGGGUAUUGAUUUUUACUCAACUAUUACUCGUGCGAGGUUUGAGGAGCUUAACAUGGAUCUUUUUAGGAAGUGUAUGGAGCCUGUUGAGAAGUGUUUGAGGGAUGCUAAGAUGGAUAAGAGCAGUGUCCAUGAUGCUGUCCUUGUUGGCGGCUCCACUAGGAUUCCUAAGGUGCAGCAGUUGUUGCAGGACUUUUUCAAUGGCAAGGAGCUUUGCAAGAGUAUUAACCCUGAUGAGGCUGUAGCAUACGGUGCUGCCGUCCAGGCUGCCAUUUUGAGUGGUGAAGGAAAUGAGAAGGUUCAGGAUUUAUUGCUUUUGGAUGUUACUCCUCUGUCCCUUGGGUUGGAAACUGCUGGUGGUGUUAUGACUGUUUUGAUUCCAAGGAACACCACUAUUCCCACCAAGAAGGAGCAGGUGUUCUCGACCUACUCUGAUAACCAGCCGGGUGUGUUGAUUCAAGUUUACGAGGGUGAGAGAGCCAGAACUAGGGACAACAACUUGUUGGGUAAGUUCGAGCUCUCUGGUAUUCCUCCAGCACCUAGGGGAGUUCCUCAAAUCACUGUUUGCUUUGAUAUUGAUGCAAACGGUAUCCUGAAUGUCUCUGCUGAGGACAAGACUACCGGCCAGAAGAACAAGAUUACAAUCACAAAUGACAAGGGUAGGUUGUCCAAGGAAGAAAUUGAAAAGAUGGUCCAAGAGGCAGAGAAAUACAAGGCCGAGGAUGAGGAGCACAAGAAGAAGGUGGAGGCGAAGAAUGCUUUGGAGAACUACGCCUAUAACAUGAGGAACACUGUCAAUGAUGAGAAGAUUGGCUCAAAGCUUUCCCCGGAUGAUAAGAAGAAGAUUGAGGAUGCCAUUGAUGGGGCUAUUCAAUGGUUGGAUGGCAACCAGCUAGCUGAGGCAGAUGAAUUCGAGGACAAGAUGAAGGAGCUUGAGAGCAUUUGCAACCCCAUCAUAGCUAAGAUGUACCAGGGAGCUGGUCCUGACAUGGGUGGUGCUGGCAUGGCUGAUGAUAUUCCUCCAGCUGGCGGCAGUGGUGCUGGUCCCAAAAUUGAAGAAGUUGACUAAGUUGCUUAGUCCUGAGCCUACGUGCUAUUUUUAGAAAUUUUAUUGUUUGGGUAUUCAUGCGUUUAUGUUUCAUUCUAUGUUUAUUUUUUAUAUGGAUACAAUCUCCAAUUUUUACGUAA